AUGGCUUGCGGGGCUUGUGAGGUGUUCCCCGAGCCGUCAGCUCGCUGCAGGAGCCCGGCCGGGGUGCUGCCGGAGGACGAGGGCGGCGGGGAGGACGAGGAGGAGGAGGAGGAGGACGCCUUCGCCGCCGUGCAGGUGCCGGCCGCCGCCUUCCUGGGCGCCGCGGCGGCGGCGGGGAGCCGCGGCCGCCUCAACUCCUUCACGGCCGGCGUGCUGCCCGUGCCCUUCGGCCGCGCCAGCCCCCAGGGCGGCGGCGGAGGAGGCUGCGAGCUGGGGCAGCCCGGCCCCGCCGCCGCCUUCGAGCUGCAGCGAUCCCGACGUCGGCUGAUCUCCCAGCGAUCUUCUCUGGAGACUUUGGAGGACAUUGAGGAAAAUGCCCCACUAAGGAGAUGUCGGACUCUCUCAGGAUCACCCAGACCAAAGAACUUUAAGAAGGUUCAUUUUAUCAAGAACAUGCGGCAACACGAUACCAGAAACGGCAGAAUAGUCCUUAUCAGCAGCAGAAGAUCCUUCUGUAGCAUAUUUUCAGUGCUGCCAUAUCGAGACUGUACCCAAGUCGGGGAUAUGAAGUUGGAUGGUGGACGCCAGUGCCAUUCUACUGGAGUGUGUCUAAAAGAGAUCAUUGGUCUUGAAGGAGUGGAGCUCGGAGCAGACGGGAAGACGGUUUCAUACACACAGUUCCUAUUUCCAACCAAUGCUCUGGGAACUCGGAGGAACACAAUAGACUCCACCUCAUCCUUCUCCCAAUUUCGCAAUGCAAGCCAUCGUAGCCUUUCUCUGGCAAGAGCUAACAGCACCCAGGGGAGCAUUGAUGCAGGCAGUGACCUGGGAGACUAUGUUGAAUAUGACCCCAAUCUUUUAGAUGAUCCCCAGUGGCCGUGUGGCAAACAUAAGCGGGUUUUAAUAUUUCCUUCAUAUAUGACCACAGUCAUAGACUACGUGAAGCCAUCAGAUCUCAAGAAGGACAUGAAUGAGACCUUUAAGGAGAAGUUCCCUCACAUCAAGUUAACCCUCAGUAAAAUAAGAAGCUUGAAGAGAGAAAUGCGCAAGCUUGCUCAAGAAGAAUGUGGUUUUGAAGAGCCCACGGUAGCCAUGGCCUUUGUCUACUUUGAGAAGCUCGCUCUCAAGGGGAAGCUGAACAAGCAGAAUAGGAAGCUUUGUGCUGGAGCCUGUGUUCUUUUAGCAGCCAAAAUUGGCAGUGACCUCAGAAAACACGAAGUCAAACAUCUUAUAGAUAAACUGGAAGAGAAGUUUCGGCUGAACAGGCGAGAGCUGAUCGCCUUUGAAUUCCCAGUGCUGGUGGCCUUGGAGUUUGCUCUCCACCUUCCUGAGCACGAAGUGAUGCCACACUACAGACGCUUGAUCCAGAGCUCCUAGCACUGGCUGCCCUCCUGGGAAGGGGCUCUGGACUGUUCCCACUCAGCUCCCUUGAGCUGCAGUUACUACUGGAAAUGCAAAAUCAGACUCCUAACACUUCACUCUCUCCCUUUCCAAAGCAGUUUUUCCAGCGACUGAUAGGGAACACUGCGUUGACGUAAGACUCUCAGCUUUGGCAAAUUUACGUAUCGUUACUUUCUCAGAGCAGGUAAAGACUGAGAUGUUGGUACAUGGUUAAUGUGCUGAAACUGGGUGGCAACUGACCCUGCCUGCGGGGACUACAGACGUAAAAGUUACCUGUCAUCAGUCAUACAGAAAUACGAAGGGCGUCCUUCAUUACCACCCCUCUCUCAAUCACACAAACCCUGGAAGCCCACGUGAGUGCAUUCUCAUAGUGCUUUUUCUACAGACCUGCUGCAACUUACAAAAGGACUCCCUAACGUUGUGAAAAAGCUUUUAAAAGAGGAUAUCUUCACUGUGUCAAAAAGAAUGUGCCAAUCUAUUUUUGUAUCAGCAAUUGAAAGUGCACUUUUUCCUGUGGGGUGUUUGUGUGUGUAUCCAUGUGUGUGUGUGUGCGUGGCACUGACCUGAUCUGGGUCCAGGUGGUUGGCUCGGCGGUGUCAGCGUGUAUCAGUUACUGAUGGCGAAGAUCAAGGUGACCUUACGUGUUUACUUCUUGAAAAACAUAACUACUGGAAAAGUGGUAAAUGGGAUCAUUUUUGGACACUUGUUUUUUUGUUUUCUGUUUUUUGUUGUUGUUGUUGUUGUUGUUUUAAUUCUCUGAUCUUUCCAACAUUUUACCUUUCAAAGGAUUACACUACUAUUACAAGAGAAGGAUCAGCAACUGACCAUAAGUUUUCAGUCGUGUUUGUGAUAAAGAUGAAAGCAUUAGGAUGAGAUUUCCAUGUCAUGUUUUUUAAAAAUAUCUUGUGUUAAGCCACAUGCAUAUUUUUAACCUUCGCACUUUUCCCACUGUGGAGAUGGUUAGACUUGCACUCUGUAGUGUUGUAUUUCUGUGCUCUAUGUUAGAGUGCGUAAUAAGCACAUUUAUUGUGCUGUAUCUUAAAACAGUGUUUUAUUAAAAAAAAAAAAGAAAAAGUAGGGCUCAGCAGUAUAACAGGUGUCUUAAGGCUCCAACGGCAGGGGCAUCAGCUGUUCAAGGUUUGGUUUUUAACUAGAACUGACUGUGCAAAACUUAAAACCAGUGCCCAUUUAAGUUAAAGGUCCAGUUCCUUUAGACAUUUCAAUACUGGAGUUUUACAGGAAAACCUCUUGCAGCUUCCGUGGCUCUGACUGGACACCCAGAAAGCUGGGGAGCUUCAUCCGAGCUCCCCGAUGCUACGUGCACACUAUGCUAGCGCCAUGCUUACGGACGUUGCUCAGUCGUCGUUACGCUGUGGGAUUACACCCGUGUCCAACCUUCUCUCGUGCAGAUUCACUUAGUAACAAGCCUUGCCCUCAACAUGCCCCGCAUGGAUCCAGUAAAGUCAGAUACUUACACUUACGGUAUUCAAAUAAAAAAAUCUCAACCACGAGAUUUUAGCUGAAGCCUUACCUCUCUAAGUUCGGGAGUGCUAGCUCAGAGUACGGAAAGGGCUUGUGAGCAGAGCGUAGAGAAGUGGGACAUACCAGAGGAUGUAAACACACUAAUGCUUACUUUCUUUCGCUUUUACUUUAACCGGUUUUAUUAUUUCCUUCGGUUAGGCCAGGAAACAUCCAGUUUCUUUACCAGCUUUGACUCCUCUAAAUUCUAGUAUGAUAAACGCCUGUGUAUGAAUACUCUAUAGGAUCUGGAAAGGUUGAAUGAAACAAGUCAGGACAACUGGGAAUUCGCUUGAUGCUGUUGCUCUCCCUCCAUUUUAAGGGGGAGGGCCACUGGGCUGGCUUACAGUUAUUGCUAACACUUGCCUAAUUACUGAUCAGAUACAUUCCAACAGGAUUGGGGGGGGGCAAAGAGAAAAGCGUGCACUUCCCGCCCCGGUGCAACUCCCCAGGCCGCUGCAAUCCCCGCAUCGCUCCUGCUCCCUGCUGCCUCCCGUCCCCAGGCAGCCCUGGAGGAGAAGGGCCCAGAGCCUGCAGAGUGCUCAGCGCCUACAGCUGCCCCCCUGGCUGAUUCAGCCCCCGGGCAGUGGUGUAGCAAGCUGGUCUGCAAAGCAAAACGGGCAGCAGCCCUGCUAAGAGGCCCUUCCAUCCCUGGCUGCAUCCCUCCCCACCAAAAUCAUGUGCGUACAUUUGAGAUUCGCUUCUGAUGGCAGAGAUCUGUUCCCAAGAGCGACCACUCGAAGCUAAGUGGAAGCUUUACCUUUCUGUAAAGGCUUCUGCAUUUUGCUUUUGAGUCUUGAUUUCUUUUUUUUCAUUUUUUAUGUUGCUUUAUAGUAUUGCAGGGAAAAAAAACAAA